UUACUAAUAGGGAGAAAAAGACAAAAAGGAAAGAAGGUGGGCACCGGUUAGGAUUCGAUAGGAUGUGGGGUGGCUGCACGGCUCAUAUUAUAUACAUAGCAUGGCGCGAAGUUCAAUGAAAAUUCUGGAGAACCAAAGGAGAGUGUCGAGUGUGGACCGUGGCUGAUACACCAGACAAAAUCUCUAAACGUUGCAAAUGACAAUUACCAUACCUGUUGGAAAUGGCAAACUUCAUUGCAGAGCGACUAAUUACAGGGGACACUUGGGUUGUGGAAGAGCUUCCUUGUUUUCUAGCCUGCCAUUUAAACGAUGUUUACAUAAUGACCUUUCAUGGUCAAGUGGGUUUUCCAAGCUCUUAAAUCUCCAGCGGUAUAACUUUUCCCAGUCUCCAAUUAAUGAGAAUUGGAGAAUCAUCAGAACAAUUGCAUCAUCAUGCUUGAGAGAUGAUUCCACGAAGUACUUUGAUUUUUCUAUUAUUGGUAGUGGGGUUGCCGGGCUUCGGUAUGCGCUUGAAGUUGCGAAACAUGGAUCUGUUGCCGUAAUCACCAAGGCUGAGCCUCAUGAGAGUAACACAAACUAUGCUCAAGGUGGUGUUAGCGCUGUACUGUGUGCUUCAGAUUCAGUGGAGAGCCACAUGCACGACACCAUUGUGGCAGGGGCAUAUCUGUGUGACGAGGAGACUGUUAGAGUUGUCUGUACAGAAGGACCUGAAAGAAUCAGAGAAUUGAUUGCUAUGGGGGCAUCUUUUGAUCAUGGAGAGGAUGGAAAUUUGCAUCUAGCAAGGGAAGGAGGGCACUCUCAUCACAGAAUCGUUCAUGCUGCUGACAUGACUGGAAGAGAGAUUGAGCGGGCUUUGUUGGAAGCAGUGGAGAAGGAUCCUAACAUCUUUGUGUUUGAACACCAUGUCGCCAUUGAUUUACUGACUUCUCAGGAUGGUUCUGACACGAUUUGUCUUGGUGUUGACACUUUCAAUACUGAAACAUUAGAGGUGACACGAUUUAUUUCAAAGGUGACAUUGCUUGCAUCAGGUGGGGCUGGACAUAUAUAUCCUUUAACCACAAAUCCUCCGGUAGCUACUGGAGAUGGAAUUGCCAUGGCUCAUCGAGCUCAAGCUGUAAUUUCGAACAUGGAAUUUGUCCAGUUCCAUCCAACUGCCUUAGCUGAUGAAGGUCUUCCAGUCAAACCAACCAAGACCCGUGAAAAUGCAUUUCUCAUUACUGAAACUGUCAGGGGAGAUGGAGGCAUCCUAUACAAUCUUGACAUGGAGAGGUUUAUGCCCAUGUAUGAUGAGAGAGCAGAGCUUGCUCCCAGGGAUGUGGUGGCAAGAAGCAUAGAUGACCAGCUUAAAAAGCGUAACGAGAAGUAUGUGCUUCUUGAUAUAAGUCACAAGCCCAGGGAAAAAAUUCUGUCCCACUUCCCCAACAUAGCAGCGGAGUGUCUCCAAUAUGGAUUGGACAUAACUCGCCACCCAAUUCCGAUUGUUCCUGCUGCUCAUUACAUGUGUGGAGGAGUUCGAGCUGGCCUUCAGGGGGAGACCAAUGUCGGGGGCUUGUAUGUAGCAGGUGAAGUUGCCUGCACAGGUUUGCAUGGGGCAAAUCGACUUGCUAGUAACUCAUUGCUUGAAGCACUGGUUUUUGCAAGGAGAGCUGUCCAACCCUCUAUUGAACAUAUGAAGAGCUCUGUUAUUGACUUCAGUGCUUCAAAUUGGUGGCCAAGACCAGUUGUUCCUAUGUCACUUGGGAGCAAUACUGACAAAAUUCUUACAAUGACAAGGGGAGUGAGAAAAGAACUGCAAGAAAUAAUGUGGAAAUAUGUCGGAAUUGUCCGGUCUACGAAUAGGCUCAAAACUGCAGAGAGGAGGAUUGGUAAGUUGGAGGCUAAGUGGGAGGAGUACUUGUUUGAGCAUGGUUGGGAGCCAACUAUGGUGGGGCUUGAGGCAUGUGAAAUGAGGAAUUUGUUUUGUUGUGCAAAGCUGGUGGUAAGCAGUGCUCUUGCUAGGCAAGAGAGCCGCGGGCUUCACUACACAACUGAUUUUCCUGAUUUGGAGGAAAGUAAGAGGCUGCCAACAAUCAUCUUCCCUUCAUCGCCUGUAAAGAGUACAUGGAGUUCAAGACAGGUACACAAGCAAGCCCACGUGUUAGGAAGUUCAUUGGAUUCUUACAAUACUUGAAAUGAUUGAGUACUUAUGAUAAUUCUAUAGAAAGUCUUUAACUAGGAGGAUUGCAAUCUUCCUUGAGAAAGUAGGGGCAGCCUCUAAAUAUGUUGUUUAGUCACCGGGUGCCUAUGGUUAUAAAUCUAUGUUUUUACUUCAAAAGAAAAAAUAUAUAUUCUUACGAAAAACACAGGAAUAUGAUGUUGCAAUUCAUUUGAAUAGUUGCAAAGGUGACUGUCAUGUCAAAUUGUAUAUUUUACAAUACCAAUUACCUAUUACAAUUUAGUUGCGGCGAAUGCUUUCUACAA